GAGCGGUGGGGGGGACACCGGGACAAAUGACAAAUGAGCCAGCGGGCAGCGAGAGGAGUUUCUGAAAAGAGAAGCGGAAUCCGCUUUGAAUGAAGAGGAUUUUAGCACCUAGGGCUGAGCCAAUAAAACUCAGCUGUCCCCAUCCGAACGGGACUUGUUUGCGCAUUCUCUGGGAGCUGCUUAAAGCAGGAGAGACGCAGAGACCGACCAGCAGCAGGAAUGGUGGGGGGAGAAACCCAAAACCCCCUUUCCCGUUGAGCAGCUCCCUGUAGCAGAGCCGGGACGGGGCACGCAGCCCCGGGGACACGCUGUGUCCCUGUCACCACCUCGCCGCGACGGGGACCGGGACGCUGCUCCCAGAAGAUGCUGUGUGCUGCCCAAGGCACCGGCUCUCUCCACCCACCCCCUGCGGCCCCGGCCUGGCAGCGGGUCCCCAGGUGAAGGAGUCGCCUUCUCCAGCUCUGGCCCUGCGGUCCCCACCCGAGCGACACGGCGGGACCAUGGGGGGACCCGUCGCGGCCGUGCUGCUCUGCUGCUGCCUCUGGAGCUCCGCAUGGGCUCUGGUUGACCCCGAUGACGUCCUCACAAAAGAAGAACAGAUCUAUCUCCUGGUGGAAGCCAAGGAGAAAUGUCACAGAGACAUAAAAGCCCAGCUGGAGAAGAUCAAAGACACCAGCUGCCUUCCGGAGUGGGACGGGAUUAUCUGCUGGCCGAAGGGCUCCCCCAGCCAGGAGGUGUCUGUCCCCUGCCCCGACUACAUCUAUGACUUCAACCACCGAGGUCACGCCUACAGGUACUGCAGCGCCUCGGGGACAUGGGCCAUGGCUCUCAGCAUCAACAAGACCUGGGCUAAUUACACCGAAUGCGCUCUGCUCUUCUCCGAGAGCCGGAGCCAUGAGAAGGAGGUGUUCGACCGCCUGCACCUGAUGUACACCAUCGGCUACUCCAUCUCCCUGGCCUCCCUCAUUGUCGCCGUCUGCAUCCUCUCGUACUUCAAGCGCCUGCACUGCACACGCAACUACAUCCACAUCCACCUCUUCGCCUCCUUCAUCUGCCGGGCCGUGAGCAUCUUCGUGAAGGACGUGGUGCUCUACUCGGGCACGCUGGCCAGCGAGACGGACAAGAUGCGGGAGGAUGAUUUCAAGGCAGAAAUGGGUCCCUCGCCAGGACAACGGAACCACCUGGGAAGUGGUGUUGGCUGCAAGGUUGUGGUGACUCUCUUCCUCUAUUUUCUGGCCACCAACCACUACUGGAUCCUGGUGGAAGGUCUCUACCUGCACAGCUUGAUCUUCAUGGCCUUCCUCUCCAAUGAAAACUACCUAUGGGUCCUCAUCAUCAUCGGCUGGGGUCUCCCCGCGGUGUUCGUGUCGGUCUGGGCCAGCGUCAGGGCCUCCCUGGCAGAUACGCAGUGCUGGGACCUCAGCGCAGGGAACAUGAAGUGGAUUUAUCAGGUCCCCAUCUUGGCCGCCAUCGUGGUGAACUUCUUCCUCUUCCUCAACAUCGUCCGGGUGUUGGCUUCCAAGCUCUGGGAGACGCACACGGGGAAGCUCGACCCCCGGCAGCAGUACAGGAAGCUGCUGAAGUCCACGCUGGUGCUGAUGCCGCUUUUCGGAGUCCACUAUGUGGUGUUCAUGGCCAUGCCCUACACCGAGGUCUCCGGGGUCCUGUGGCAGAUCCAGAUGCACUACGAGAUGCUCUUUAACUCCUCUCAGGGUUUCUUUGUGGCUUUUAUCUACUGCUUUUGCAAUGGGGAGGUGCAGGCGGAGAUCAAGAAAGCCCGUUUUCGGAGGAGCCUGGCGCUGGACUUCAAGCAGAAGGCCCGUGCCACCAGCGCGGCGGGGAGCUGCUGCUACGGGGGGCUGGCGUCCCACGGCACCACGAGCUUCAGCGUGAGCCUGGCGGGGCGAGGGGCGGCGAACCCGCCGCCGCGGGGGCUGCUGCUCCCUGCCCGUGCCAGCCUGCCGGGCUCCUUCGCCUUGGAGAAUGUUGUGUCCUGUCCGGGCCAGGAGAUGAGGCAGAAAGGCUGUGGGGAAAACACAGUGGACUUAACGGACCUGACUCAGCGUCACCCCAACCUCAACAAAGAGCUGGAGACGAUGCUGUGAGGGGUGUGUUGCCCAUCUGGACAUCCAGCUGUGCCCGGGAAGAUGCUGAUCCUCAUGCUUUGGGCUCCUUUUUCUCUUGCAUGGAGAGCUGGGGUAGUGGGGAGCAGUUGCAACAACACAGUUCCCUUUCCCUCAUACCUGUGUGCAAAGGGACCGUGUGUUCUCACUCCUACCUUCCUGGCCUAAAAAUGAGCAGCCGUUUCGAAACCUCAUUUCCUUCUGCAGCUGAUUGAUGUGAUGUCUGUGCAUGCAAAGUCUUGAAUCAUCACCAUAAAACAAUCCUCCAGGCUCAGUCUUACCUCAACAGUCUGGAAAGUGAGUUCAGCUCCAGGAUGUAUAAAGCUGAUUUACUGAGCCCGUAGUCCCAAUGUCUGA